CUCCGCUAUCUCAUGUUAGGAGCCUAUCUCAUAAUAGGGGACUUUCCUCUAUGUAUUGUGAAUAAUUCUACAACUUUUAAUCUUGGGGAAUUUCUUUUCGCGUGAUUGCUAAUUAAAAUGUAGAAAAUUGUAUGAAAUAUAAUUUACAGUGUCCAUGUCCUAUCGAAAUUACAGAUAACGCAGACGGAUAAUGAGGUAAAAUUAUCCGAUAAUUAAUUCUACGAAGGCAGAACGUUUCACCUUUGUUUAGGAGUGAUUAUUAACGUCGUAGAAUUUCCGUGACCGAACUUCACCACAAUUAAUGUGUGCCCUCUUGCGUUUAGCUGCGAAAAAAGACCUUCUUCCCAUCGCGUCGCUUCUCCCGCUCUUCUGUCGUCUCGGAAAGUGCGCGUGACUCGAAGCUUUUUCACAAAUCUCAUUGACUGCCGUUUACCGGCAGAUACGCGAAUACAAUUUGUCACUUCAGUCGCGGACGAACGUCGUCCCGGCUUGUCGCACGAGGAAGAAAUUGGGGAACAGCUGUAAACGAACUCUGAAUAUUAGUGUCGUUCCAAGGAAGAACUGUUGCAACUGCGGCGCGAGAUAUGCUCGCGGAGAGUGCGUCGGCUCUGCUCGCGCUCGGUAAUCAGUUCAUUUGAAUAACGUAUUAAUACCCCGGGGUCAUCGCGAGUGUUAAUCGCAAUGUCCACGCCGGACACGAUGGAUACCAUCGACGAAGCGGAACAAGCGUGGCAUGAGAUGCUGGAGUGUGAGACCGGAUCCCUUUUAGGCAGAGUGGCGGACCUCGAAAGGCAAUCCUUGGCGCAGAGGGACGAGAUAGUUUGUCUUCGCGCCACUUUGGCGGACGCGCUAAGGCGAAUCGCCCAGCUUGAGGCAAGGGAAAAGCGGGAGGAUGACAGGAACGAGAGGAGAAAUGACAGGAUGGUGUCCUCGCCCUUAAGGAACGGCCAUGUACCUCUCAGAAGUAGUCAAAAUUCGGUGCCACAGAAGGACUUGAGGCUGCGCCAGACCGGUGGUCUCAGAAAUUCCUCCUCUUCGGGAUCGUCCCAGGAUGUCCGCGACGCGACGUCCAGCCCAAGACGGCCCGCCAGCUACGUACACCCCUCCCAACUUCCUCAAAGGAGAUCCGUCCAUUAUCAGUCAACGGGCUCUUUACAUUCCGAUAGUCCGAGUAGUAGUAGUGUUUCUCCGGUGCCAUCGCCAAGCCCUAGAGCUACGCCACUGCCUGUAGCCAGAUCGCCCACGGCAAGAUCAAACGGACCGCCGCAAAGUAGCCUAAGGAGAGCGAAGAGAUGGUCGUCCACCGGCGACUUUACACACACCCCGCAAAACCAGGGAAGCAAUUCCCAGCUCGUCGGUACCAGAUUGUCUGCGUCCACCAAGUCCCUGUUCAACCUGUUCAAGCCACCGGCGAUGAACAACGUCAAGCACGGUACUAGAGACAUGCAGUACAACGAGGAGGAAGGCACCGUCCGCAUGUACUUGCGCGGUCGACCGAUCCUUCUUUACGUCCCUACGUCCAUGAUGGAAUCCUACGACCUUCACAAAGUUAGCACGCCGCCGCAGAGCAAAUUGAAGCUCGACUGGGUUUACGGUUACCGCGGCCGCGAUUGCCGUAGCAAUUUACACCUGCUGCCGACCGGCGAGAUCGUUUAUUUCGUCGCGGCAGUCGUUGUUCUGUACAACAUGGAGGAGCACAGCCAGAGACAUUACCUAGGUCAUACGGACGAUGUCAAGUGCAUAGCGAUUCAUCCUAACAAAUUGGUUGUCGCGACAGGACAGGUGUGCGGGACAGAUCGUCGGGAUGCUAUGCCGCACAUAAGAAUAUGGAACUCCGUGAGCCUGACGACUCUUAGCGUGAUCGGCAACGGCGAAUUCGACGGAUCGAUUUGCUGCCUGUCAUUCUCCAAGGCCGACGGUGGUAAUUAUUUGUGCGCCAUCGACGAGACCUCCGAUCACAAUAUAUCAAUCUGGGACUGGCAGAAGAGCGAUCGUGGCACCAAAGUGACCGAAACGAAGUGCUCUGUCGACACGGUGGUUUGCGCCGAGUGGCAUCCGCUGGAACGUAACCAGAUCGUCUCUUGCGGGAAAGGACACGUGUCCUUUUGGUCCCUCGAUACUGCCGGCAUGCUGUAUAAACGUAUGGGCAUCUUCGAGAGCAGAGAUAAGCCCAGAUAUGUUACCUGUGUCGCCUUCAACCAGAACGGCGACGUCCUGACUGGCGACAGCAAUGGCAACAUCAUCGUUUGGGCUCGAGGUACUAAUACAAUUUCAAGGCUAGUGAGGAAUCUCCACGAAGGAUCGAUUUUCUCCAUAUGUGUUCUGAAAAAUGGCAACAUUAUCACGGGAGGCGGGAAGGACGGCAAGAUUUUGUAUUUUGACGCGUCGUUGAAUCUGACGGGAGAGGAAGCUCAGAUUGAGGAUCAUUUUGGCGGAAUUCGAACGCUCUCGGAAGGACGGGGCACUCAGUUAUUAAUCGGCACGACGAGGAACUGCAUUCUCGUCGGUGAAAUUGAUAUGGGUUUCAACCCCGCAAUGCUGGGCCACGCCGAGGAAGUUUGGGGACUAGCGGCUCAUCCGACCUUACCUCAGUUUGCCACCGCUGGACACGACAGAUUGUUACAGAUGUGGGACAGUUUAAGUCACACCGUGGUGUGGAGCAAAGACAUCGGCGAGCAAGCACAAAGUAUCGCUUUUUCACCGGAUGGUAGUGUCAUAGUCGUCGGCUGUGUGUCCGGGAAAUGGUUGGCAAUAGAUAGUGAGACACGAGAAUUGUAUACGCACCAUAGCGAUGGUUCUGAGCCUAUUCAGGUCGUUCAAUUCUCGCCCGAUGGCACCUUGCUUGCUCUCGGCUCCAGAGAUAAUUAUAUUUACAUUUAUCAAGUGAACGAGGACGCAACCAAAUAUAGUCGAGUUGGACGAUGUAUGCCAAAGCGGAUUCGAAGGCACGGAGGACAUUCCAGUUUUAUAACUCACUUGGAUUGGUCCGUGGAUGGUCAGUACUUACGCAGCAACAGCGGAGACUACGAGUUACUUUAUUGGAAUCCUGGCGUGUGCCGUCAAAUUCCACAGUCCUCGAUGUUGAGAAAUGUCGAUUGGGCAACUCAUACCUGCGUGAUAUCGUUCGAGACGAUAGGCAUUUGGCCGGAAGGCGCCGAUGGAACUGACGUAAAUAAUUGCACACGAAGUGGCGACGGCAAGCUCUUAGCUACGGGUGAUGAUUUUGGCAAAGUCAAAUUGUUCUCUCACCCGGCGUGCCAGCCGAAGUCACUAUACCAUUCCUAUGGCGGCCACUCGAGUCACGUAACGAACGUGUCGUUUUUGCAAGACGACUCCCGAUUGGUGUCGACCGGUGGCGGCGAUACCAGUGUUCUCCAGUGGAUAGUCAAUUAAACGAGCCAUUUCCGAGCGAGCGGUUCUUAAAAGUGCACUUCGAGAUCGAGUUGAAAAGAUAAAGCAAUGUUAACGUCGCGACGUUUAGAACUAAAAAAAAAAUCGCGCGGAUUACUUAAUCGCGAACCAAGAUUCGCAAACGGAGUCAUCCUAACACCACAAUUUUCCGACCUCAAGAUAUCGUCCGCCGCAUGAUGUAUUUUAUUAUGAUGAACACCAUGAAUGUUCUUAAGAGGGUUCCACUUGUUCAAGAGUGGGAGAAUUAAUUGAUGCCUCGAUUUCUCAAUACGUUUGUCAUCGUAUGAUAUUCAUAGACAGGCGUGAGAUAUUCAUAGACUCGAACAUAAAGUGUGUCCUUCUCGUAACAGUAUAUGUGGAAGCACCGAUAUAAUUAUUUCUUACCGUUGUGUCCAACGUGCACAAUUAUUGAUGGACAAGAGGACGACUUUCGGCGGUGUAUUUUUUGUCAAACAUAACGUAAUAAUCAAAGUAAUGAAUACUUUACACGGUGCUUUACUAUAAUACAACUUUUUGUCUAUUUUUUAUUUUCUGCAGUUGUAUUCCGAUAUUUUGGCAAGUUUUUCUUUUUCUAAAUGGCGAUAAUCACGAAAAUCGCAAUCUUCUUUAAUUUUGUAUAUAUAUACAUAUACAAAGAGCUGAUCUUUAUAUCAAGAGGUGAUCUUUAUAUAUUCCCGAAUAAUACGUAAAUGGAUGUAGUUUUUUAAUUUUGAAAGUAAUGCGUGCUCGCGUGUACAUGGUAUGUCGUGCGUUAAUUAACGGAUAUAGAUUUCAAAAUAGAAACUGUUAUAAUCAAACGAGCGCAUAAAGCAAAGUAAUCACCUAUCUGACAUAAUAUAUUAGAUAUAAAUAUUAUAUUAUAAAGAUAUUUAUAAAUAUAUAAUCAUAUAUAUACGAGGUGGCUGAAUUUUGUUGGAGCAAAAUCAAAUAUCUGUUUCGAGACACAAAGGACUUCUAUUUUAUUUCAUUUGUCAGGCAAACGCGAUACAUUUUAUAUAUGUUGCGCCACACUAUUCCGAGAUUGAAGUACAUAGUUGAACAAUUUAACAUAUCAAUUCGUAAAUGAACGAUAUGCUUGCACGCGCGUACGCAUAGGUAUUUACCAACUAUUCUCAAAGUCAUGCUAAUUAUCCUAACUAUACUCUGAAUGCGAUAACGCAGUUUCGCGGGAGACCUAAGGACGAGUCUCGGGCGGAGAAGCGCAUGCUUCUGGGGAGGGAACGUACUCGUCAUGAUCGAAGAGCCAAGGCUUCUCGCGGCUGGAAACAUAAAAGUGAAGAAGAUCAGAGGAAAAAGCCCCUAUGCGCUCCCAAAAGACCCGAUACGGGACCCGAUCGCGAAAAAAUAACCGAACGACUCACAGUGCCGUAAUAUGCCGUCCAAUAGAAAAGUACGUAGCAUAAUUCGCAAUUCGACGAACUGUGCUUUUGACGACGGAUUUUGUCACGACGAAGAGAAAAAGGAAAAUAAGAGGAACGGACGACAAAAGAAAUACUUUUCGAGCGUACGCCUAUCGAAUGUACAUAUGAAAGAGAUCAUAGCGUCGCUUCGACGCGUUUCGUACACAUAUAUGCCUUCUCUCAUUGACCUCCCUUUUGGCAUCAACUAUUUUACCAAAGUCUAACAGAACAAGGAUAAUCACAUUAUUUUCACUCAUCGUCAACGUGUAAGAUAUAUCUAUAUAUAUAUAUAUUUUAUUUAUGUCACGGUAACGUGUAUGCGUAUACAUCAUGUGUAUGUACUUUCAAUAGAUAAUAAAUCAUCUUCAGAAUAAUAA